CGGGGCCUGGGCUGGGGUUCCCGCCUGGAAGGUGCGCGCGGGGCUGGGUCCGGGAGUGGGAGACGUGACGUGCAGGCCGGAACGCCCCGCCCAGCCCCCCGGCUGCCCCACUUGGAGACCCUGACACACCCACCUUCCCGCCUCGGCCCUGCGGACCACCCCCAGCUGUCUAGCAUGAUGAAGCCGAAACUCCUGUACCAGGAGCUGAAGGUGCCUGCUGAGGAACCGGCCGGCGAGCUGCCGGUGAAUGAGAUCGAAGCCUGGAAGGCUGCGGAGAAGAAAGCCCGCUGGGUCCUGCUGGUCCUCAUCCUGGCCGUCGUGGGCUUCGGUGCUCUGAUGACUCAGCUGUUUCUAUGGGAAUACGGAGACUUGCAUCUCUUCGGGCCCAACCAGCGCCCAGCUCCCUGCUACGACCCCUGCGAGGCCGUACUGGUAGAGAGCAUUCCUGAGGGCCUGGACUUCCCCAAUGCCUCUGCGGGCAACCCCUCCACCAGCCAGGCCUGGCUGGGCCUGCUCGCCGGGGCCCACAGCAGCCUGGACAUCGCCUCCUUCUACUGGACCCUCACCAACAAUGACACCCACACCCAGGAGCCCUCUGCCCAGCAGGGUGAGGAGGUCCUGCGGCAGCUGCAGACCCUGGCACCCCGAGGUGUGAAGGUCCGUAUCGCCGUGAGCAAGCCCAAUGGGCCCCAGCCACAGGCCAACCUACAGGCUCUGUUGCAGAGUGGCGCCCAGGUCCGCAUGGUGGACAUGCAGAAGCUGACCCACGGCGUCCUUCACACCAAGUUCUGGGUGAUAGACCAGACCCACUUCUACCUUGGCAGUGCCAACAUGGACUGGCGCUCCCUGACCCAGGUCAAGGAGCUGGGCGUGGUCAUGUACAACUGCAGCUGCCUGGCUCGAGACCUGACCAAGAUCUUUGAGGCCUACUGGUUCCUGGGCCAGGCAGGCAGCUCCAUCCCGUCCACCUGGCCGAGGGUCUAUGACACACGCUACAACCAAGAGACACCAAUGGAGAUCUGCCUCAACGGGACCCCUGCCCUGGCCUACCUGGCGAGUGCACCCCCACCACUUUGUCCAAGUGGCCGCACCCCAGACCUGAAGGCUCUACUCAAUGUGGUGGACAAUGCUCGGAGUUUCAUCUACAUCGCGGUCAUGAACUACUUGCCCACCAUGGAGUUCUCCCGCCCACGCAGGUUCUGGCCGGCCAUCGAUGAUGGGCUGAGGCGGGCCUCCUACGAGCACGGCGUCAAGGUCCGACUGCUGGUCAGCUGCUGGGGCCACUCGGAUCCGUCCAUGCGGGCCUUCCUGCUCUCCCUGGCCGCCCUGCGGGACAACCACACCCACUCCGACAUCCAAGUGAAACUCUUUGUGGUCCCAGCGGAUCAGGCCCAGGCCCGCAUUCCGUAUGCCCGGGUCAAUCACAACAAGUACAUGGUGACUGAACGUGCUGCCUACAUCGGAACGUCCAACUGGUCCGGCAGCUACUUCCUAGAUACGGCGGGCACCUCACUGCUGGUGACCCAGAACGGGCGGGGGUGCCUCCGGAGCCAGCUGGAGGCCGUGUUCAUGCGGGACUGGGACUCCCCUUACAGCCAUGACCUGGACACGUCUGCUGAUAGCGUGGGCAACGCCUGCCGCCUGCUCUGAGGCCUGGGCCGGUGGACAGGCUGAAGCCAUCAUGGCCUUUGUGGACCCGAGUCCCUGUCCCCAUGCCCCCGCUUCUGUCUGCCCCUUUGUGGCCCCUGCAGGCUCCCCUCUGCUGCCCCACCUCUACCUCCGCUCCCACGGCCCACGCUGUGGCCCUGGGACCCAGCAGAGCUGGGGGAGGGAUCAGACCCCAAAGAAGUGGGGAUGCAUGCUGGGCCCAGCCCCUGGCCCACCCCCUUUCCAGGGCGAGGAGGGUCCCUGGUUAUAAUAUUAAAUAAUUUGUCUGUACA